AUGGAUGAAAGUGGAAUUGAAGAGCAAGAGAAUAUUCCCCAGCUAUACAGGAAGUCUAAGAAACCUCAAAUCGAUAUAAACAAGGUGCUAGAGUAUAUCAAUGCAAGUUACUAUCCCUUCGUCGUGAUUUUUUAUUUUUAGGAUCAAGAAGACGAAAAGAGUUUGUCGAAAAAGUACGGUAAUUACUUUGACGAAUGGCUGAAUUACCUGAUGACUGGGUUCAAUAUCAAGAUCAAUGGACGUGGUUCCAAAAUUGACUUAGUCGAAAGUUUCCUCGUGACCAAAAAGAUUAAUAAAAAAUAUGUUUACCAAGUGAUGGGACACGAACCAGAUGUCAAUCUUUAUGAUGUCUUCAGUCAAAUUGUGGAACAUUUGAAUUUGAAUAUCCGAUUAAAGAGAGAAUCGAUUAUUAUGCAGGCGGAUAAACUUGGAGAAGCUAUUGAGGAAAAGAAAAAUGAUUUUCUGCUUGUUGUCCAUAAUGUAGAUGGUCGUUUUAUGAGGUAAGUUCCUCUUUAAUAUCAUCAUUGGAUUUGCUCAGAAACGACCAAGCGAUGGAAGCCCUGAAUAAAUUGGGCGCACACAAACAUAUCCGGAUGAUUUUAACACUGGCAUUCCCAUAUGGAGACAUAUAUUGGAACCCGGUAUGUGGCAUCGGACAAAGUAACCCUCUUUCAGGAUAUUAAAUAUUGUCUUAAAUUGAUCGAGUACAACAUCAACACUUAUCGGAUUGAUUUUGAUGAAUUGUUGGCUCUGAAUCCCAAAUUGGAAUCGCAUAACGGGAAGAGUGACACCUAUCACACAUUGGAAUCCCUGGAUAUGAUCUGGACUUCUUUGGCCUCAAAUACCCAAAAGAUUUGCACAAAGUUAUACGAGAUGUGGCUUCUCUCAGAAAACAAGGCAGUCUCCUUCUUCGAACUUUUCACUGAAGUCAGGAAUAACUUUUUGACCACGAGCGAAGUUGUUUUGUCCACCCAGAUUACCGAGUUGAAAGACCAUUACUUCAUCUCGAUUAAUGAUGAAAAGAUUAUCACAUUUACUGUCGACCCCAUCCUCUUGGCUCAAUUUAUGGAAAAAAAGAUUUCCAUUUGA